CAGACCAUUGACUAAACAGCAAAGUUAGGACACAGACUGCUGAGACUAGUCUAGAGUUAACUCCGCGAAAAAAACAAACAAAAACAGCGGCAACACUGAGAUGCUGACCGGAGGAUUUUUCUAAUUGCCCGUUGGUGUCAAUGACAUGAACACAAUUGCUAAAAUACCAAAUAAUGACAGGAAAGCUGUGCUGCAACGCGUCUGUAAAUACUCCUGUCGCAUAGACAAUCUGCAUUGUUGAGAUAAUCGUUUGAAACUGUAAGCAGCAAUAAUGCGCGGGGCGGACCGCAACCGCAGGUCUGCCGUGAUUGUGCUCUGCCUGCUGGGAUGCGAUAUAUGGACAGCGGCCGCUAAAACACUGCAGGAAAACGGCGAUACCAAAGAGGUGGGACUAAAGGUUCACCUGAGUGACGCUAGCACCCAUCAGCCUCUCUCUGGUGUCACCGUGGAGAUCUUCACUAACCACACCCCUGUUGCAUCCGAUACCUCUGGUGCUGAUGGCAACGCUUUUAUCAGGUUCCCCUAUCGCCUUGGUGACCUUCUUGUAGUCACGGCAACCAAACGUGGCUAUGUACCCAACUCCAUCCCAUGGAGACCAAGCAGGCUACCUGUGUUCUCGUCUCUCAGUCUGGAUCUGCUUCCUGAGAGGGCUGCUACUCUGAUGGUGUAUGAUGACGUGGUGCAGAUUGUCUCUGGAUAUCGAGGUUCAAAACCACAGCCGUGGGUUCAGUUCCAGAGAAGAGCAUUGAGUCUUCCUUCUAAUGCAACAUACACCAACCUGACUGCCUUCCUCACAGUGAGCAGUUCAACCCAAGACACACAGUACUUCCCUUACCUGCAGGGCCUUCACUCCAACUACACAGGUAGUGAACAAAAGUUCGAGUUGACUCCUGUGGCUGCCAUUAGUGUCCAUCUUUUGGGCAGUGAUGGGACGGAGAUUCAUGUCAGUGAGCCAAUCAGUGUGAGUGUGCCUCUUCCUGAGAAUAGUGGCUUAAAAGAGAAUGAUCACAUCCCUGCCUGGCGGUUUGAUCCUAAACUAGGGGCCUGGCUGAAGAGCAGUUUGGCUUAUGUUCAGAGAGAGGGGAAGCAGUUAACUCUCACAUAUAUUGCCUCUCAGCUUGGCUAUUGGGUGGCGGCCAUGUCUCCCAUAAACACAGGUCCUGUGGUGGCGAAGGACAUCAGCACUUAUCAUACAGUCUUCCUGCUGGCAAUACUCGGAGGCAUGGCCCUGAUACUGCUUUUCCUGCUCUGCCUUCUGUUAUACUAUUGCAGGAGGAAGUGUGCCUGCUUGCGGCCUGCCCGCAGAAAGUUAAGGCUGUCCUCUGCCCUAGAUGGCUCUAAACAAGACCAGGCUACUUCCAUGUCCCACCUAAACCUCAUUAAUGAGACUCACCUGGACCACAACGGAGCAGAGCCAGACAUGCACACACCGAUGCUUAAACCCACACCCUACAACUCCUCCACCAGUGAGCUGGCAGUGUCACAGGAUAAACUCCAUAGCCGAGGAUCCAAUCAUUACAAGCAUUCAGUAGAGUUAUUUCCACUUAAAUCAUCUUGUUCAAACAAUCCUUCUGAAGGCUACGAUUCUUCUGCCCCACGUGGAGAGUACCGGCGCAGCUAUACCUCAAUCACGACUUCAUCUGUCCAUCCCCUCCACAUGUCUGUCUCAUCCUCGUCCCCCCAUCCUUUGCAUCUCACCACCUCAGCAGGACGUCUCUCUUCAGAAGAUAAAUCGAGCCUUCAUGAUCCAUCUCUCUCUCCUGUUAUAGCUACAUCGAUAAGUCCUGCAGGAUCCCCAGACAGGGAACAAGGAAUUGAGCGGCGACUGAACGAUUACAUGCUGUCUCGCUCCGUAGAUCACUUAGAGCGACCUGCACCCCUUCCCCUACCUGGAGCCCUGCUCUGUUGCACCUCUGAACUACAGGUCAGCCAAGGUGAAGAAACCUAUCGCAAGGCCCGCCCCACUCUCGUCAUCCCAGCCCACUACAUGCGACUCCCGGGGACACACCCCCUCUCGGGUCAGGCACUCCUCCUACAGUCAGACGAACAGAGCGAAUUGGAAAGCAUUCAGGCAGAGCUUAGCGCAUGCCAUCAGCCGCAGGGCCAAGUGCCACACCCAUGGAGUAAAGGCGAGCAAGAAGAAGGGAUGCAAGGUGUGGUGGAAGACCGAGGCGGAGGAGUGGAUGAGUGGACGCUGCAGACGGCAGCUAUUCCCGCAGAUCUUUCCAUCCCCAAUUCCCUCAGUCAGUCGGGUCUAGACGUGGUGCAGAUGAAUGGAGAAGAUCAGCUUCUGGCCGAAAAGACUUUGAUGGAGCUCAGGGGAGGAAAGCCCCUCCCUCACCCGAGAUCUUGGUUCGUGUCUUUGGACGGCCGUUCCAACGCGCACAUCCGUCAUUCCUACGUCGAUCUGCAGAGCGCAGGAUGCAACAACAGUUGUGUAGGAAGCAACGAUGCUAGUCUGGACUCUGGGGUUGACAUGAGUGAUGUCACACCAGGACGGCGUGUUCGUGACGCUGGCAAAUUUCUUGGUCAACACAGGGUCAAACCUGAAAAGGGGGCCAAGCCUGCAGUGCCUAUGGUCAGAUACGCACCGUUAGUGUUUUUAGAGGAUUCAAAUACGACUGUAGGUGAAAACAGUAGCCCCACUCCAGUCGGCAGCCCUGAAGAAAAAUCUACAGGGCCUGUACUGCAGGAAAGAGAGAUGGAGGAAGAUAAAGAGACCCUGUCACCCCCAUCACCACCUUUACUUCCUCCACCACCUCCUCUCCCUGAGCCUGUGGAUGUGACACCAGAGGAGACAGGGACAGAUAGUGAUGUUUUUAGGACUGAGGAUACUCAAAUGCAAACAAGCAAUAGCCGACCAGACAACCUGGUAGUCCCGGAUGACAGCGGAGAAGACGAGAACAAGAAGAGCCCUUGGCAGAAACGAGAGGAGCGACCACUACUGGCCUUAAACCUGAAAUGACACAUCCUUUAAAGGAAUAUUCUGGGUUCAAGACAAGUUUAGCACAGUCGACAAAAUUUGUGGCAUAACGUUACUUACCAUAAAAAAUUAUUUGUCUUGUUAAAUAAAAGAAAAUAGCAGUAAGGCACUUGCAAUGGUGUUAAAGGGAUUGUUCACCCAAAAAUUUUAUAUGAAUCUAUAUCUCACCCACACCUAUCACAUUGAAGAUAUAGAUUUAACCACUGGAGUCUUAUGGAUUACUUUUAAUCUUUGUUUGUGUUCAGCAGAAGACAGAAAGUCAUAUAUAUCUGGGAUAGCAUGAAGGUUACUAAAUUAUGAAUUUUCAUUUUUGGGUGAACUAUCCUUAUAACAUGACUUAUCAUUAUCUGUUUAAAGUUAUAUCCAAAAUAAUGACUUUGUUGUCAUGAUGGUCUUACGCCGGUAAAUCCUGUAAGUGAUUUUAUCUCACUAAAAUAACAUUUACUUGUGGAAUGUUUACAUCUUGUCACUAUACUUUUAAAACAGUGUAUAUUAAUGUUUAUGGACUGGCCUCAUUCACUUUGUAAAUGCUUUACAGUACCCACAAUGUUUGCUUUUUCUUUUUCUUCUUUUUUAUUUGUAUUAACAAGUUGACUGUUUUUGUGAAAAUCUACAUUAUGCCACAAAUGCUGUCAAUUGAUCUUAACUUAUUUUGAACCUGAAAUAUCCAUUUAAGUGCUUCCCCUGUGGACUGUUGAAUGGAGUUGCCUUAUGAGUGCUGGUCUGUGCACGACUCUUUGCCUGUGGCAAUUAAAGCAAAGCUAGACAUAGCACAAAUAAUAAAGGAACAGUUCUGCCUCACAACUGUGAGUGAGGAGGAACAAACUGAGUUUCCAAAGCAAAAAAACGCCUUUAAAUACCAACAUUUUGAUGCACAACUGUUAAGACUUCCCUAUGAACACACUUAAACACACAAAAGUUCCAUAAAUCAGUGCAAGCCAUUGUAUUGAUGGUGAAAUGUAAUUUAAGCUUUAUGAGAUGCUGCUGUUUUGGAGCAAUAUGACAUUAUAGUGGCAAAAUGUGUACACUGCAAAAUGGUCAAACUUCACCACUAAGUGUUUCCCAGCACUUAUUUGAACCUUUAUGGGACAACAGGUGGAAUGUUUUCCACAUCUAAUAGGUUAUAAAAUGAUAUAAAAACACCAUAAUGGGAUCAUUUUGCCUCACAAUCUAAAUCUCAUCAAUGUUUUCUUAUUUGUGGUUCAGUUGGUAGUGGAACACAUCUGAAGCUUUGGAGACCAAAUAAGUUUACAUAAUGCACCGUUUGUUCCUGUUAAUCAGUCAUUUUGGAUGUGUUGAGCACAGAUUUACAAAUGUAGUUUUGCUCCAACCAUAGGAUACUAUUACAGUAGACUUUGAAGCCAUCGUCGCUGGUGGGGUUCAGAUAAGCAGACCCGCUUUAAAAACAACUGCUAUGCAUAGCUUUAAUCUGAAGGAUCAUGUAGCUUUAGGUGCCUGUUUUAUUUUAACCACUGUAUUGUAAUUUCAGUUAUUUUUGUGAAUAUUUUAUUCAGGUUGUUUUGUUAUUUUUGAUUGGUCUUAGUGUGAGUGAGGUGGACUGCACAUUCAAUUGAGAGCUGGAUGCACACAUGCAAACACACCCACAUGAACAGCCACUAGCUUUUCAAUCCCUGUCAUUUCUGUCUUAAGUGCCUUUAUCCAGCAUUAUUUCCAUUUGACUCAGAUUUACCAAUUUGUGUCAUAUAAUGUGGUUUUUCACAAUAUAUUGACUCCAUUGGUAUUGCGCUCCCAUACUCCCACUGAUCUCUCUGUGUCCCAGUGAGUGUUUUAAUGUUGUAUCUGGGUAUGUUUUAAUUUCUCUCUAAUGAUGUCUGGAAUUUUUUUUUUUUUUUUUGGCUCCAUGUGUAUGUACAUUCAUUCAACCAGUUGUUUAUGCUCGAGUGAAUCUGUGUGUCUUUUGCAGACAUACUAUGCAGUGUGUGUAUGUACUUCCGUAGGAUUGAAAGCAAUGUGUCAUUUUGGCUUGUUGCUAGGGUAACCACUUGUUAAGAAUACUUGCGUCACUCUCAUCUCUUCAAUUAUCUACUUUGAAUGUCUGGACUGGUUGCUUGUAUUAUAAUUCAGGCAUAUUAUACAAAUAAAGCCACAACCUAAUCAACACUAUCUGAGCAUUAUUUAUAUAUGGCUGAUGGAAGAGCUAAAGAUCAUAUCAUAAAACAAGAACCAUCAGGGUCACUUUAUGUUGAAUCAAUGUGGCUUAAUAACAACUUUGACAGGUUUGGACUGACUGCACUGGAUGAAUGAAACGUGAUAACGCUUUAAGGUGAUGAGUGUGACUUAUUGAAACUUGAGGUAAAGUGUAACCUGGAGCAUAUAUUUAUUUUUAUAGUAUUUGGUAAAACAAGGAGUUUUAUUUUGGUUUGUUUUUCAGGAUACCAGCAUACUGGUGGUGAGCUAUAAUCUGUCCAAAUGUAUUAAAAAAAAAAAAUACAAACCACCGAAAUAAUUUAACUAUAAAGAAAAUCAAAACAGUCAGGGUGUAAUGAAUAAGGGAGUGGUGGUGGCAUAGUGGGCUAAAGCACAUAACUGUUAAUCAGAAGGAUGCUGUUUACAUCCCCACAGCCACCACCAUUGUGUCCUUGAGCAAGGCACUUAACUCCAGGUUGCUCUGGGGGGAUUGUCCCUGUAAUAAGUGCACUGUAAGUCGCUUUGGAUAAAAGUGUCUGCCAAAUGCAUAAAAUGUAAUGAGAAAAAAAAGAAUGAAGACUAAAUGUAAUGAAAAAUAGUGAGUGAUUAGAGUGAUUACUUGUUUUAGGUUAGGACUUACAAAUACUAAUCACGUAUAGAUUUAAGUGUUUGUGUGACUCAGUAAUAAUCUAUUAAUUUCCUGCAGCUUUGUGUGUGACAAAAUAUAGGG